AUGAUUUGUCGAAUUGUGUUGAUCGCCUUGAUUUUUGUAUUCAUUACUGUAAAUUCAGCAGUUAUCGAUCAAAAUAUUGAAGGUAAAUUAAUAAUUCUUGAUUAACUUAGCCUAGUCUAAAUCAAGGAAAAAAAUAAUUUAUGUUUUUUUGAGAUCGUAAAUUAUAUGUAUAUUUUCCAAUUUAGUUAUUCCAGAAGUCCCAAUGGAUUGUACAGUUUUGGAAGCUUGCGGUGAAGAAUGCCUAUUUCUUUUCAAUAAAUACGAGUGUCUCACAGGUAAUUUCCUGAUUUUGUUCAUUCAGCUUAACAAAAAAAAACUCUGAAUUUUCAGCCAAUAAACGAUCCGCUGGAUUUGGUGGAAAACGUGGAGCAAUCAGACAUCUUCAACGAGUUAUCGCAAAUAGUUAUAACACACGAAUGGGAUAA